AUGGACAGCACAGGAUGGCACGCUCACCGACGCGCGGAACGAGAAAGCCAGUUGUACUCGCACGUCCAUCGUGAUGCAGCGGGGCAGUACAUUCCUGUUGAGAACAUUGCACCGAUGCCAGACAACUUUAUUGGAGGCUUUAUGCCCCACCAACAUGCCCAUGGGAUUCCGUCUCCCCCACUAGCCCAACAUGAAGGGCAUACGCACUCCAAGCACGGUAAAGCUUUUACCGAAGGGUCUGGUACAGCCGCAGCAGGACAUGGCAAGUCGCCGUCGAUGCACUCCUUCCAAGGCGUGCCUUCCCUGUCUGCCGGUCUCGUAGGAGCUGCGACUGGAGCGGCCUCAGCAGCAGGAGGACUGAAGAUCCAAGUCCCAUUAUCAUCCACUCAAGAUGCCCAACCCACUCAAAGUGUUCCGCCCAGUCCGCUACCUCCACCUCUACCCCCAAAGGAUGGUCUACCAUAUCUCUCUGAGCCACAGGACUACAAGUACGGUGCGAAACAGCUACAACAGCAAUACGGUUUUCCUUCCAUGCCUCCAACCAACCAGCAGCUCCAAGGACAACAGCAACAUAAACCGAUCCCACACUCCACUGACUUUGGAGGCAUUCCCGCGCCUUUACCUCCUGAACCCAAAGAUGACCCCACUGGAACAAACACCAGUACCACAUAUAAUCCGACACACAGUUAUAUGGUUUCCGCAAGGCAGUUGACCAAAAUGAGCGCAGUGGAUCGAAGCAGAGUCUUGCGAGUCGCAAGGAUGGAACCACACCUUCAAUUCAUGUGUGGACCGUUGCUCAAGUUCGAUACAAUCGACGAGCACGGGGUUUGGCAUGGGGCUGCUAUGAUCGUUACUGCGGACUCUGGGUCGAUCUAUGAACCUUUCCCUACGCUAACUUACGAGUGGGACCCGGACCGUGCUCUCCCCACUACCUUCUCCCGUUUCCAGACCACUGCCGCUUCUUCCUCAAACCUCAACCUCACCAAGGUAGAAACUCGGAACGGAGCAGCAAAUGGACAGAAUCAAGGCACACAUGCAGGGGGAAACAGUCCUCCAAGUGCAUGGAAUCAGCUUCAUGGUGUACCGUCAUUCGAUCUGGGCCCCCAUCCUGCUGACCCUCAUUCUACACUCAUGCCUGCAACACCUGUUGCCGGAAGCUUCGUGUACCCUACGACAUCCAACUCCUCUGUAACCACGGGAACAUCCCCAACUUCGUCGCACCACGGUUCAGGGUCCCCGCCGACCUCGGUAACGCCCAACGAUUCCGUCCCUGGUCUACCUAUGCAGACUCCCGUGGCUAACUAUGCCAUUGGGGGACCCAAUGGGCAUGGUGCCCUGAAUGCUUCGGCCUCCCCUGCACAUUCCGAAAAGGUGACAGGGCAAGAGUUAUACGUCUAUGGAGGUCCUGGUGGAACGUUUACAUUCUGGAGAUUCAUGAUCCGGGUACCUUUGGGAGAAAGGGAAAUGGGUGUACGGUACUGCGUCAACGGAGGGCAAAAGAUGGAGUUUUUCGUACCCGGGAAGAACACUGGUAUGCGUCUCGCUGCGCACAGUUGUAACGGAUUCUCUGCAGGUGUAAAUCCUGAUGACUUCAGAGGACCUGGGUUCAAAUCGGGAUAUGAUCCCGUGUGGAUGGAUUUGCUCUCGAAGCACGCGGAAACACCUUUCCACGCAUUGGUCGGCGGUGGGGAUCAGCUAUACUGCGACGUCUUAAUGCGCGAACCUGAAAUGCAGGAAUGGGUAUCAAAGAUGAAACCAGAGGAGAAGAAGGCGUAUCCGUUGACCGAGGAGAUUUCACUUACGAUUGAGAGGUUCUUCUUCAAUCAUUACUGCCAACACUUCAGGAGCGGUGCUUUCGCGAGGGCGAACAGUUCAAUACCAAUGUUGAAUAUGUGCGACGACCAUGACCUGAUUGACGGCUUUGGAAGCUAUCCUGACGAUCUUCAAAUGGCACCUGUGUUCAGAGCUGUCGGCGCUCGAGGCUAUUUCUUCUUCCUGCUUUUCCAAUGCUUCAUCAAUCCUGAGGUUGAUGGUGUCUCUGACGCGCCUGGCAAGCACGUCUACAAGUCGAUGAUCAUCGGCCCCGAACCUGGCCCUUUCAUUCCUCUCCCGAGCCACUCGUCAUUGUCGAGAUUGGGUCCCAAAGACUAUAUCCUCAUGUUGGACUGUCGUGCCGAGCGCAAGAAAGACCAGAUCUGCAGCCCAGGCGAAUAUGCUAAGGUCUUUGAGCGACUGCACGCUCUACCUCCUGGCGUCGACCACCUCAUCAUCCAAUUGGGUAUCCCUAUCGCAUACCCCCGAAUGGUGUUCUUGGAAAGCGCGUUGGAGUCCAAGUUCAACCCGCUGGUGGCCCUGGGAAGGAACGGAACCCUUGGGCUGGGAGGGUUCGUCAACAAGUUCAAUGCAGAUGCAGAACUGCUGGAUGAUUUGAACGACCAUUGGACCGCGCGAAGCCAUAAGAAAGAGCGCAAUUGGCUGAUUGAGCAAUUGCAAAACUUCUCUCGAACCAAGGGAAUCCGAGUGACCUUUAUUUCUGGCGACGUUCACUGUGCUGCAGUGGGAUUGUUGAAGACCCUCAAGCAGAAAGGCAAGCCGGAACCGAGGCCUGAGGAUGAUUGGAGAUACAUGCAGAACAUUGUCACAAGUGCCAUCGUCAACACACCGCCACCCAACGGAGUGAUCACGAUGGUUUCCUCGUUGGCUACGAAAGUACACAAGACGCUGCAUCACAUCGAUACGGAUGAAAUUAUGAUUCCUGUAUUCACGCAUGACCCGUCGGGUUCUCCAAGGAAGCAGAAGUUUAUUAUGGGACGGCGGAAUUGGUGUCGGGUGGACCGCGACGACAGCACUGGGUCCCUCGUGUUCGACAUUCGAGUUGAGAGAGAGAAGGGAUAUGGUGCCACCGUCGGGUAUACGACAACGGUACCACCGCCAGCUUGGGGGAGGGCAUGA